CAAGAUGGCGUGGAAAGCAACUUCAUCGUUUCCAGGUUUCAAUAUGGCCCCCACUACCUGCGCCACAGAAGAGGUUAAUCUCAAGAACUAAGGUAAAUCUCAAGAACUAACUUCCUGUACAAACCGGAAGUGGCGUACAGGAUGUACGAACCGGAAGUGGCGUAUAGGAAGUUGUUGCGAAUGCAAUUCCACGACUCCGUGUUUCGGCCCUGUGUUUCGGUCCUGUGUUCCGCCCCCGGACUACGCUCCGCCCCUGAGCUACGCUCCACCCCCGGUGGCGCGGAGAGCGGAGCAAGAUGGCGGCUGAAUCCGAGUAUGAGUCCGUCCUGUGUGUGAAGCCAGAUGUCAGCGUCUACCGUAUUCCGCCUCGGGCCUCCAACCGCGGCUACAGGGCAUCUGACUGGAAAUUAGACCAACCUGAUUGGACUGGUCGCCUCCGAAUCACCUCAAAAGGGAAGAUUGCCUAUAUCAAACUCGAGGAUAAAGUUUCAGGGGAGCUCUUUGCUCAAGCACCAGUAGAACAAUAUCCUGGCAUUGCUGUGGAAACAGUGACAGAUUCCAGCCGCUACUUUGUAAUUAGGAUCCAGGAUGGCACUGGGCGUAGUGCUUUUAUUGGCAUUGGCUUCACAGAUCGGGGUGAUGCCUUCGACUUUAAUGUCUCCUUGCAAGAUCAUUUCAAGUGGGUAAAGCAGGAAUCUGAGAUUUCCAAAGAAUCUCAGGAAAUGGACACUCGUCCCAAGUUAGAUCUGGGUUUCAAGGAAGGACAGACCAUCAAGUUGAGUAUUGGGAACAUUACAACCAAGAAAGGAGGUGCUUCUAAGCCCAGGACCUCAGGAGCUGGGGGCCUAAGCUUACUCCCACCCCCACCUGGAGGCAAAGUCACUAUUCCCCCACCAUCUUCCUCAGUUGCCAUCAGUAAUCACGUCACCCCACCACCCAUUCCAAAAUCUAAUCAUGGAGGCAGUGAUGCAGAUAUCCUUUUAGAUUUGGAUUCUCCUGCUCCUGUCACGACACCAGCAACAGCUCCAGUUUCGGCAGGCAACGACUUGUGGGGAGACUUCAGCACUGCAUCCAGCUCUGUUUCAAACCAGGCACCACAGCCAUCCAACUGGGUCCAGUUCUGAAUAGCAUUGGCAGGACUUUAAGGACAGACUUGAAGAAUAAAAAUGACCUUGACGGCACCAAUCUGUGAGGGAAGUUAGAAACUCCUUCCCUCCCCAGAACCAAAAUUACUGGACAAUCUUUUUCAUAGUUUCUCCAUUACAUUUAAGCUGGUUUUGUCACACCCCUUUGUUGUUACUUGCUGCACAGCCAAGAGAGUAUCUGCCCUCUCCCGCUCACUACCAAGGGAGGAGAAUAAUGACUCUUAUCUUUUGUGGCUGACUAUGCAGGACUCAAAAGUCCAGGGUCUGUUUGAGGGGAAAAUGAACUUUGACAUCUGUAAAAUAA